UAUAAGCUAAUGAAAGUAAAGUGAAAUGACCUCUCGAUGUAUGCCAUGUGACCGCAAUAGUUGUGUGUACGGCAUGGCAUUGAGAAUCGAUUAGCGUACAAUUUUCGUUUACUACGUCAACAAUGCGUCUAUUUAAACUUGUUUUAUAAUGUUUUAUUACUUUUAUUUAUACAUUUUAAUCAUGCUUAUAUUGGCAGAGAAGUAUUUUAUAUCGAAAUAAAUGUUUUCCUUAAUAAGGUUAUAUGUACGGAUGUUUUAUAAAAUGAAGUAUCUUAAUACAUUUAUUAUGAUUAAUAAAUAUAAAAUACUAUAAUAACUACAAUAGUAUCCAUUACAUCUUUUAAAGUAAGAUUAAUUCCAAUUGUUAUUUAUAUAAAAUCUGUCUCAAUGUCAAAGAAGAAAAAAGAUGAAGCUUGGGGGGAAAAUGGAUUUGAAGAAUGGGGUGGGUAUAUGGCUGCUAAACAAGCAAAAUUGGAAGAGCAAUUUCACAAAGAAGCCAGUACAGAAUCUAGAACUUCAGAGAUAUUUCAAGGAAUUGCAAUUUUUGUAAAUGGUUAUACUAAUCCAACUGCGGAUGAACUUCGUCGUUUAAUGAUAAAACAUGGGGGUAUAUAUCAUCAUUAUUUAAGACCAAAACUAACAACUCAUAUUAUUGCAUCUAAUCUGCCAUAUUCCAAGAUAAUGUUAUAUAGGAAAAGUCAAAAUCCAACCCCUAUAUGUAAACCCGAAUGGAUCAUAGAUAGUAUACAAGCUGGUAGAAUUUUAAACUUUCAGAAUUAUUUGCUUUAUUCACAAUGUACAGAUGUACAACCAAAAUUAAAUUAUGUACGAACAAAAAAAAAUGAAGAGAAUAUUACUGUUCAAGAGGACAGUAAAACACAACAAAAUAAUGAAGCAAAUACUGUAACAAAUAAUAAUGAUAACAAAAAUGAAACGAUAAAAAGUAAUACCUUGAAUCAAGGGACUUCAAAUCCUUUAAUACCUUCCAGCUCAAAAGAGGCUCGUUCAUCAAAAGAUUCAGGAUUCAUAUCAGAAUUUUACAACCAUUCCCGAUUGCAUCACAUUGCAACCAUGGGAACCAUGUUCAAAGAUUAUGUUAAUGAAUUACGAGAUAAGAGCAAUGGAAAAUUUCCUGGUCUCAUUAAAUUAAAAGAGUACAGACAUAUAAAAUCAAAUAGAUUAUCAUCUGAUUCUCAAUUAAACUUUAACAAUGAAUUCCUCCCUGAUUUACAAGAAGAGAAUAGAGCAGAAAUUAAUCAAGAUCCUAUUAUAAUGCACAUAGAUAUGGAUUGCUUCUUUGUUUCUGUUGGCCUCAGAGAUAAGCCAGAAUUAAAAGGUUUACCCAUUGCAGUAACUCAUGCAAAGGGUAAUAAAAAUCUUGCAAACAGUAACAAACAAGCUUUAGAUGGCAAUGCGAAUAAGGAUGAUGAGCAUGGUUCAUUAUCAGAGGUAGCUUCUUGUUCUUACGAAGCAAGAAAAGCUGGGGUAAAAAACGGCAUGUUUUUAGGGGAAGCAUUAAAAAUAUGUCCUAACUUGAAGACAAUAUCAUAUGACUUUGAAGGCUAUAAAGAAGUUUCAUACAUGUUAUAUGAUACUGUAGCAUCAUACACUUUAAACAUAGAGGCAGUUAGCUGUGAUGAAAUGUAUGCAGAUUGUACCAAAAUAUUGGAUGAAUCUUGCUUAACUCCAAUGGAGUUUGCAACUAUAAUUAGACAAGAAAUAAAAGAUAAAACAGGGUGUCCUGUAUCAACAGGCUUUGGGAGUAAUAAAUUAUUGGCAAGAUUAGCAACAAAAAAAGCAAAGCCAAAUGGUCAAUUUUAUAUGCAACACAAUGUAGAAAAAUGUAUUGGUACUUUUAAUGUGCAAGAUUUGCCAGGAGUCGGAUAUACGACAGCACACAAGUUAAACAGUAUUAACGUGAAAACGUGUACAGAAUUACAAGCGAUUUCAUUGGCGACAUUGCAAAAAGAAUUUGGUAAAAAAACAGGGGAAAUGUUAUAUAACAUGUGUCGCGGUAUCGAUAAUUCGAAACUUAAUUUAGAACAUGUUAGAAAAUCAGUGUCCGCCGAAGUUAAUUAUGGAAUAAGAUUUGACAAUAACGAGGAAGCGGUAGAUUUUCUAAAAAAAUUAUCUCAGGAAGUAUGCAAUCGAUUGAGUAAAGCCAAUGCAAAGGGUAGGUGUAUUACGUUAAAAUUAUUAGUUAGGGCAAAAGAGGCGCCUAAAGAAACAGAAAAAUUUAUGGGCCACGGUUUGUGCGAUUAUAUAACAAAGUCAAAGAAUCUUAUCGCUCCCAUUAACGACGUUGACAUUAUGACAAAAGAAGUAAUUGCACUUUGGAAUCAAAUGCAAAAAGUUCCUGAAGAUGCAAGGGGCAUCGGUAUACAAAUAUCCAGAUUAGAAAUAUUGAAAAAUAAAUCGCGCGAUGUAACUUUAACGAGUUUCGUUACUAAGAACAAACAAAAUGACGCAUCUCAUCGAUCUGUCGUAACAAAACAAGAUAGCGAAGCUCAGUCUGUAAAAGCAAAUCCAAAUGUUAUACCAUCGACUUCGAAAAGUGCGUGCACCGAGGAACAAAAAUUAUAUAUUCCAUCCGCUAUUAACGAAUCGAUUCUCGCUGAACUUCCGGAAGAAAUACGAAAUGAAAUUUUGGACGCGAAGAAAAACGAACAGUUAACGAUUGUAGCGAAGAAUGAGAAGCAAGAAAAUGUUACAGUACCUAAAGCUAACGAGAAGAAACCUCAGAAAAGUAUACAAACGAACCAGGAACAAUUCUUUAAACAGUCUAAACCUGGUAUUUCAAAAUCAGCAAAGGUGGAGAUGCCGCCUAUACAGGAGAUAGAUAUGUCUGUCCUGAUAGAACUACCGGAGGAUAUACGAAACGAAAUACUUAACGAAUACAGUUCUAAAAAGAACCAGAAUCAGUCGAAUAAUGUUAACGCAAAUAGAAACGAUGGUGGUACAUUUUCGGCUAAUAGGGCAGUUCCACAAAUCAAUCGUGACGAGCAAAAUAUAUCCUUCUCGCAAGUAGAUCCGGAAUUUUUAGCCGCGUUAUCGGAAGAUCUGAAACGAGACGUUCAAAUGUAUUGCACCGCGAAGAAAGCAGAAUCAAAAACAAAGAAAGAGGAGAUAGUUCGAAACGUUCAGUUGACAAAGCAGAAUAAAAAAAUUGAACAAAAAACUAAAAAUAAUGGUAAAAAUUCUAAAGCGGUGUCGUCCAAGAAUAAAAAGAAAAGCAUACAAACUGCGUUGAAGAAGUCGAAAAAUGAAUGUGAUUCGAAAAGCAUAUCGAAUAGCAAAAUCAAUGGUACCACCAAAUCUGUAACUUCUUGGGUGGAAACGGUCGAGUCUGUUAAUAAUCGAAUCACCGCAGACGAAGCCGAGGCUAUUCUUUCUCAUAAUCGUACUAUCCUGGAAAACAACGAUAAUGAAAAUCAACAUGAAGAUAUUCUAAUUAAUCUCGUGAAUCGUUUGCUGAAUCUACCUUUAGAACAGGUAAAGAUGCAAAUACAAAUAUGGAUCUCUAAUUCUAAAACCGUGAACGAAGUAGAUUUUUUGUCACUAGCAACAUUUCUUAGCAUGCUUCCAGAGAAGAAGCGUAUCGAAGAUUUACACGUCUUGUUGAAAACCAUGCAUAGAUGUAUGACAAAAACUGGAAAUUGCAUUUGGCAUAGGACAUAUAGGAAAACAGUAAAAUACGUUCAACAUUAUAUGCAAAUUGAGUAUAACAGCAAUCUAAUGGUACCAUCAAUUAAAUGCAAUCUUUUACAGUGUAACAGUGAUGUAAUGUAAAUUUCAUCGGAAUUUAAUAAAUUAAUAUUUUUACAAUGAG